GUUGCCGUCUCGAUCGUUAGGUACAACCUCAGCUAGCUAGCUCCCAUGGCAUCCUCCUCCCCGACCUCCUCAUCCUGGUCGCCGGAGAACCACCUCCUCACCAAGCCCACCCACGUCCGAGCUCCAAGCAAAAUAGCCCGCGACGGAGGCGACGAGAACGACGACGACGUCUCGCCCUGGCGGGACGCCUCGCGGGUGCGCGGUGUCGAAGCCCUGAGAGCCAUCUGCAGGAAGUACUCCAUCCCCGAUGGCUUCACCCCGCUCCUCGCCGGCAACCGAUCGGCGCGCGCGCCGCCACCGCCAGGGUCCGUCUGCGUGUUCGUCGACGCGCUGGAGGCCGGGAUGCGCCUGCCCCUCCACCCCUUCUUCGGCGUGGUGCUCGACCACUUCGGGAUCGCCCCGGCCCAGCUCGCCCCCAACGGCUGGCGCGCCAUGGCGGGCUUCGUCGUGCUCUCCCACUUCGCUGGCGCGCCGCCGUCGCUGCCGGUGUUCCGGCACUUCUUCUCGCUGGUCGCGUUCCCCCAUAGGCUCUACCCUCUCCGCGGCAAAGACGCCACCGGCGCCGGUUUGCUCUUCCAUCCGACGAAGGCCAAGAAUGCGGGGUGGAAGGAGGAGUUCUUCUUCAUGUCGUCAUCAUCGGCGCCGUGGCCGUGCCCUGUGCAGUGGGGGAGGCCAUUCAGGUCCGCCACGUCUGACCCUUCGCUCACCGGCCCGGAGAAGGCCGUGGCGGCGAACCUGGUGCGCACUCGCGGUGGUUCCCCGAUCGAUCUCACGGCGUAUCUCCGCGACAGCAACUUGGCCGCGGCCAAGAUCAUCGGGGCACUGUCACCUCCGCCGCCGACUCCUCAAGGUGAGCUACUCAAAGGAGCAGCGCCCUCGCCAGCGGGGGAGGCGACGGUGAAGAGCGAGCCGGACUGCGAUGCGCCAUCGUGGUCCGGAACAGAGAAGAAGCGGAAGCGGCCGGAGCACCGUGCAAACGGCGAGAGCUCAGCGUCGGGAUGCCUCUCUUUCCCGCCGGGGUUCUCGCCACAUCACCGGAAGACACGGACCACCGCUACGACCACGAGCAAACAGGGGAAGCAACUCCACGGCGGCGAAGAAGGGGACACGAGCGGCUGGAAGGCGGCGAGGCAGCUGCUGCAGGGCAUCGUCACGCCGGAGAGGCAGCGUGAGCACGCGCCGUCCAGGCCGGCCGACGUCGUCGCCUCGAGCUACGUGUCGCUGCUCCAGACGGCGAACGGGGUGGCGUUCUCGCUGGGCUACGCUCUGGAGCUCGAAGAGAGGGUGAGGGACGCCGACGAGCUGCGAGCCGAGCUUGCCGAGACCAAGGCGAAGGCGGCGGCGGCGCCGCCGCCGCCGGAAUCCCGGGUACCCAGAGCGCGCAGAUGAAGAGCUCUUCUUGAACGCCAUGCCUCCCGGUGUCUCCACGGUGACAUGCAGACACAUGUUCAUGUUUGACUGUUGACUGUUUCAUUUGGGUGUCUAUAGACUCUAUACACCAUUUCAUCCAACUAGCAAAGUGGCCCGCUCUUCACGCUCGCGCGGGCUAGUAUUUAAUAAAGUUAGUUUGAAAAAAGUAAA